GAGGAAGCACCGGAACCCCGCCAGGCUCGGACUUCAGCCCCGCGGAUGGCUUCUCUCGGUUCGGCGGAGCGACGGGCUUUCGCCCUGAAGAUCAACAGGUACUCUUCUGCUGAGAUCAGAAAAAACUUCAGUGGAAACAAUGGCCUGCAACACAGCCGAAACAACUCAAAUACUUUGGGCUCAAGCUCACCUUACCUCACGGUGCCUCUGGCGUACGAAGCGGUGGAGCCGUUGGACCUGGAGGAGUUCCUGAUGUCACAGUUACGAAGCGAAGACAGGGCUCUGAUGAACGAACUUGGAGAUUUUCCCGACGACGACCUGCGAGUGGAGCAGGUGGAGAGGGAGCGGCGCACCGUCCGGAACUCGGUCCCAGAGCACGGAGUGGAUUUAGAUUCACACGUAAAAGACUGUGUGAAGAGCUACACACAGCCAUGGCUCAUCGUCACCAGAAGGUGUCAGGGGGAUGGCUGGAUCACGUACUCGGAGCGAACUGGCCUAAAUAAAAGUCUUCAGAAACAAAUUUUUGAGUCUGACGUUCAACCGCCAAACAAAGACAAACCAUCUCCUAGCCUAGCGGGGUUAACGGACGAGUCGGGUCGCACACUGACUUCGUCUGACUUUAACUUGCGAAGUCUGACCCCGGACCAGAGAGUGGAGAGCUUGCUGGUGUUCAGCAACCACGAGGAGCUUGAUCGCUUGAAUCAGGAGGUGCGGCAGGAAAACAGGCUUCCCGAGCUGUUUGCUCUUUACCCACCACCUGACGAGGACGACGCAGUGGAAAUCCGUCCCAUUCCCGACUGUCCCAAAGAACACACUGGAGAACGCAUCCUGGUCCGAUGCCAGGCCAUAAAGUUUGAAAUUGACAUUGAGCCAAUUUUUGCCACCAUAGCCUUGUAUGACCUGAAAGAGAAGAAAAAGAUAUCAGAAAACUUCUACUGUGAUCUCAACUCAGAACAGUUUAAAACCUUUUUGAAACCUCAUACUCCACACAUGGAUUCCUCGACACUUGCUAGAUCUGGCAUUUUCUCCAUUACCUACCCUUCUCCAGAUAUAUAUCUGGUCAUAAAGAUUGAGAAGGUUUUGCAGCAAGGAGAGAUCAGCGAGUGUGCUGACCCGUAUCUAACAAUGAGGGAAAGUGACUCAUCGAAGAACAAGGACAAGCUCGAGAAGCUGCGAUCCCAGGCAGAGACGUUCUGCCAGAAGCUGGGCCGCUAUCGCAUGCCUUUUGCUUGGGCCACUGUUAAUAUCAUGGAAGUCAUCUCCACCGCUACACUUGACCGCGACGUCACAGAUUCUGACAGCACUAAAGGAGGUAAAUCCAGCAGCAUGGACCGUAAACUGCAGCUUCCCAGAAGGAACUCUGAGCGUUUCAACGCCGUGGAUGAUCAGUUCUGUAACGUUUCCGCUUUCAAACCUGCUACCAUCACCAUCACCACCAUCUUUAAACAGGAGGGAGAUCGUCUAAGUGAUGAGGAUUUGCUGAAAUUCCUGUCUGAGAUUAAGAAAACGUCGGCUCCACAGAGAAGAAUCAAGACCAUACCAGGUUGCAUAAAGUUGGACAUGUCUCCGCUCCACGACACGCCGCAGGCCUGUUUGUCCACAGAGCUCAUCCCUCUCGUACCUGCGGCGGAGAAAAAUGUCCGUCCGGUUAAAGAGGUGCUGGAGUUCCCCGCCAGUGAAGUUUACGUACCUCACAACAUUUACAGGAAUUUGCUCUUUGUCUACCCCCAGAGGCUGAACCUUGUCAACAGGCUUACAUCAGCGAGAAACAUCACCAUCAAAAUCCAGUUUAUGAGUGGAGAGGAUCCAAGCUGCGCUCUGCCUGUAAUUUUUGGGAAAUCAAGUGGCCCUGAGUUUUUACAAGAAGUUUACACCCCUGUUACCUACCAUAACAAGUCUCCAGACUUCUAUGAGGAAGUGAAAGUUGCUCUUCCGGCCCGCCUGACGGAGAGGCAUCACUUGCUGUUCACUUUUUACCACAUCAGCUGCCAGCAGAAACAGAACCAGAGCGGCAGCUACGAGACACUCAUUGGAUACUCGUGGCUGCCCAUAUUGAACACUGACCGCCUGCAGACGGGUCAGUACUGUCUGCCCAUCAUCUUGGAGCGACUCCCUGUGAACUACUCGCUGCACGCACCAGAGAAACUUCCUUCUCAGGUUCCUCCAGUCAAGUGGAUGGAGAGUCACAAAGGGCUGUUUAACCUGGAGGUCCAGGCUGUAUCAUCUGUUCACAUUCAGGACAACCACCUGGAGCGUUUCUUCACCCUGUGCCAUGCACUGGAUGGUGGAGUCACGUUCCCUCUGCGGGUCAGGGACGAGAAGAUUCCUGAGAGCAAGCUGGAACACGAGCUGAAGCUCAGCAUCAUAUCUCUGUCCUCCUCUCGUUUAGAGCCUCUGGUCCUCUUCCUCCACCUGGUGCUGGAUAAACUCCUAACCCUUAUCAUGCAGCCUAUGCUUAUUGCUGGCCAGACAGCCAACCUGGCCCAGAUAGCCUUUGAAUCAGUGGUGUCUAUUGUUAACAGCCUUCACAACAGCCAGGAGCUGGUCAGAGAUCAGCUGGGCAGGAACAGCCUCUUGGCGUCUUACCUGUACUGGGUGUUUCGUCUCCCUGAUCCUCCUGGAGACAGUGCAGGUCCAAUGAGCUCAGUGCCCUCAUCAGAGAGUCGGUACAGCACCAUGGGUCGGGCCACAGCAACCGUGGUUGGCAGCAUGCUUCUCCAGUCCAGAGUGCGCAGCAGCAGCAACCCCGAUAUCCCUGCUCAGCAAAUGUCUGCUGAAGAUGCCGAGGUCAAAAAUAUUCUUUCUGCCAAGGGCCACAACAACCCAGGCAGCCGCAUGUCCACGUAUGUGGACGUCAACAAUCAUCAGAACCCGACAGGAAGCACCAGGCCCUCCAACAGAAAGCAGUUUCACGAGGAGCUGGCCCUGCAGAUGGUUGUCAGCACUGGUGUCUGCAGAGAGAACGCAUAUAAAUAUGCCUGGUUCUUCUUUGAGCUGUUGGUGAAAAGCAUAGCUCAGUCCCAGCUCGACAAGCACGGCGUUCCUCGAAGGAGUCGCUUCUCCGACAGAUUCAAAGGUGACAUCGCUACCAUCGUCUCCGUGGUUACGGCUGAGAUCUGCACAAUCCUUAUCAAACAGCACAAGGAGGUAGAGCAAGCAGAGAAAAUCAACAUCAGCCUGGCCUUCUUCCUGUAUGACCUGCUGUCUCUCAUGGAGCGAGGGUUUGUCUUCCAACUGGUGAAAAACUACUGGAACCAGAUGUCUGCUAAGAGUGUUGCCAUGCCGAUGUUGAUCAGCAUGCGUCUGGAGUUCCUGCGGAUUCUUUGCAGCCAUGAGCACUACCUCAACCUGUGCCUCUUCUUCAGCAGCCCUGCUUCAGCGCCCGCCUCACCAUGUCCAUCCAUCUCCUCACAGAGUUCCGGUUCGUCUAGCUUCCAGGAGCAGCAGAGGAUCUCGGCGCUGUUUGAUCUUUCUCAGGAAUUCAAGCAACAGCACUACCUCGCCGGCCUGCUCCUCACUGAACUCAGCACCGCGCUAGACAUGGAGUCAGAAGGGGGGAAAGUGCAAAGAAAGGCUAUCAAUGCAAUUUACAGCCUGCUGUGUGCUCAUGAUCUGGAUCAGCGCUGUGAGAAACCCGAGGUCAGAGCCAAGGUGGCCGGCCUGUACCUCCCCCUGGUGGGGAUCAUUAUAGAAUCCACCAACUACCUGGACUUCACAGUUUGUGACUCGCGCGGCGGGAAAAACAAGACGGGCGAACUCGAGGAUGACCUUGAAAACGUCCCACCCAUUAAUCAGUCUGUUGCCAUGGCAAUCGCUGGGAACCCCUUUAACACGCUAGGUCGGAACGUCCUCGUCUCCAUGGCAUCUUUGCAGGUGAAGUCUGUAGCCACCCUGGCAGCAGACACAAGUCGCCACCUGUUGGUGUGUUUCCUGUGGGUGAUGAAGAAUGCCGACCGGAGCCUGAUCCAGCGCUGGACAGUGGCUAUGCCUCCAUCACAACUCAACAAACUGCUGGAGCUCCUCACCAUCUGCAUUUCCUGCUUCGAGUACAGGGGUAAGCAGAGCAGUGACAAAGUGAGCACUCAGGCUUUACAGAAAUCUCAUCAGGUCAAACUGCAGCUGGAAGAAGCCCUGCUGAGAGGGAUGGGAGCCCGCGGAGAAAUGAUGAAACGAGUUGGAGGAACCGAUAGAUCUUUGGGUCAAAGAGAGAACCUGCGCUGGAGAAAAGACCGCACUCAGUGGAGACAAACAAACGACAGACAGGAUAAAACUAAAUCUGAGUUGGACCAAGAGGCUCUCAUCAGUGGGAACUUAGCCACAGAGACAAACCUUGUGGUGCUGGACCUGCUGGAGACCGUCAUACAGGCGGUGCCUUUGGCUGAGUGUAAAGACAGCGUGGUUGGAGGAGUGUUGAAGGUGUUACUCCACUCUCUCACCUGCAACCAGAGCACUACUUUCCUCUCUCACACCUUCAGCACACUGAGAGCGCUGGUCGUCAAGUUCGGAGACUUGUUGUUCGAGGAGGAGGCGGAGCAGUGUGCAGACCUGUGCCAGAAGGUGCUUCAGUACUGCAGCAGCCCUGUUGAUGAGAACCGGAGCCAGGCCUGCGCCACCCUCUAUCUCAUCAUGAGAUACAGCUACAGUAAUGCCAGUAACUUCUCAAGAAUAAAGAUGCAGGUCACCAUGUCUCUGGCCUCCCUGGUGGGUAAAUCGUCCGACUUCCAGGAGGAAUAUUUAAGGCGCUCCCUGCGCACCAUCUUGGCCUAUGCAGAAGAAGAUGCUGAGAUGCAAAACACGCAGCUGUCCUCACAGGUGGAUGAGCUUCUAAGAAACCUCAACAGUAUUUUGUCAGAUACAGUGAAGAUGAGAGAGUUCCAGGAAGAUCCUGAAAUGCUCAUGGACCUCAUGUACAGGAUAGCAAAGGGCUACCAGACGUCUCCUGACCUCCGUCUGACAUGGCUGCAGAACAUGGCAGAGAAGCACAACAACAGGAAGUGUUACGCUGAGUCCGCUAUGUGCCUGGUUCAUGCUGCCGCCCUGGUGGCCGAGUACCUCAGCAUGUUGGAGGAUCACAAGUACCUUCCAGUCGGGAGCGUCACCUUCCAGAACAUUUCCCCUAACGUGCUCGAGGAGUCGGCUGUGUCAGAUGACAUCCUGUCGCCGGAUGAGGACGGCGUGUGCUCAGGGCGCUACUUCACAGAGAGCGGCCUGGUGGGACUGCUGGAGCAGGCAGCUGAGCUCUUCAGCAACGGUGGUCUCUAUGAGGCCGUGAACGAGGUCUACAAGAUCAUCGUCCCAGUCUUAGAGGCUCGCAGAGAUUUUCGAAAACUGGCUUCUACGCAUGACAAACUUCAUAGAGCCUUUGAUAACAUAAUUCAAAAGGGCCAUAAGAGGAUGUUUGGAACCUAUUUCCGUGUGGGUUUUUAUGGAGCGAAGUUUGGCGACCUGGAUGAGCGGGAAUUUAUUUACAAGGAACCUGGGAUCACGCAUUUACCGGAGAUAUCGCACAGGCUGGAGAACUUCUACAGUCAGUGCUUUAAAGACGACACGUUGGUGAUGAUAAAGGACUCGACACCAGUUGACAGAAAGCAGCUCAACCCCAACAAGGCAUAUAUCCAGAUCACUUAUGUGGAGCCCUUCUUUGAUGACUAUGAGAUGAAAGACCGCCUGACGAACUUUGAGAAGAACUUCAACCUGCGGCGCUUCAUGUACACCACACCCUUCACCAAGAGCGGACGGCCUCGCGGCGAGCUCAACGAGCAGUACAAGCGAAAGACCAUCCUCACCACCAUGCACGCCUUCCCUUACGUCAAGACUCGCAUCAACGUCAUCCAGAAAGAGGAGUUUGAUCUCACUCCUAUUGAGGUGGCCAUAGAGGACAUGCAGAAGAAGACUCGGGAGCUAGCAGUGGCCACACACAGAGAACAACCAGAUGCUAAGAUGUUACAGAUGCUGCUGCAAGGCUCUGUGGGAGCCACUGUUAACCAGGGCCCGUUGGAGGUGGCCCAGGUCUUCCUGAAUGAGAUCCCAGCGGACCCGAAGCUCUUCCGCCACCACAAUAAACUGCGCUUGUGUUUCAAAGAGUUUAUAAUGAGAUGUGGUGAAGCAGUUGAGAAGAACAAGCACUUGAUCACGUCAGACCAGAAAGAGUACCAGCAGGAGCUAAAGAAGAACUACAGCCGCUUGAGAGAGAGCCUGAGGCCGAUGUUGGAGAGGAAGAUUCCUGAGCUCUACAAACCCAUCAUCAGGCCUCGGCUGGAGAACAGGGAUUCCUUCAAACGCCUAAGUUUCCGCAGAGCUCCGGAGGAGAACUCCUGAGAUGCCACAGCUUGUUGGAGAGUGCUGCAGAAUGGAAAGGGAGGUUGUCACACAAUUUAAAGGGUGGAGAAAAAAACAACAAUAACUGAAGUUAAGAGCUGUUGGUGACAUCUCUGAAAUGAUCUGAGCUGGAAAAGUUUCCAAACAGAGGAUUCAGUUUCUUUCUUUUCUUUUUUGGAGAAUCCAGCACGGUGCAUUAUUGUUUACAGCAUCUCCAUGUUUAUGAUGCCCUGCUGCAGGAGGAUGUGAGCACAGACGGAGGGGAAGUUGGAAUUAUAAAAUAUUCCACUGUAAAUUCUUCAACUUUUAAUAUUGCUGCAGAUAUUCCCUCUAGGUGGGUACAGCUACACUGUUUUUUUU